CUCAAGACCUGGCGAAAUCGCCGCUGUGAACUACUUAUUUUUUGUGGUUUGAUCGAUUACAGGCGCUGAUGGCAUCCCUGGCUCAGUUCUCGUGACCAAGGGAGGGGAGCAGAACCCCGUGAUAUCCCUAGCAGACUGAGAGCCGACAGAGAGCCGACAUGAUGUAGAAUCGAUAGUUGCCGCGGCUACUUGCGACUGCAGCGCUCCUCCGCUUGAACUUACGCCGCUGGCGCCAGGCUCCGACGUCUUUCUGAGACUGUGUGGGGACAGCCCUCGAUCGUCACACAUCUUUUCGACAACCUGACUCUCCCGUGGUGCCCCUACAUGACACCAGCAGCGCUUCAGUGCCGCUCAGUACAACUCCGCUUGCUCUCGCUACUUUUGGACACAAUUUCACCAGCUCUACUGACUACUAGAGGCAUGUCAUCGAUCUCGACAAGGUCAUAAGUUGGCGACUGGAUGCUGCCUAGCACUUUUAUCUGAUCCUCCUUAAACCUCCCUCUGCCAAUUGAAAAUCAUUCAUCAUUUGCACCAGCUACAAAGUCCC